GCAUGACCUUUUGUCUGUCCCCAUUUUAGAUUCUUUUUCGCUCCAAUUUCUGCACUUUUUUCCUGGGUUUUCUUGUGCUCUGACCUUAACCCGUGUUUGGCUGCUGUGGAAAUGGGGGAAUAUUAUGGGUUUGAAAGUUGACAUUUUUCAGCAUUUCUCUUGAUGGGUUUUCACUAAAAUGACGUUUUACAUGUUGGGUAUUUGAGAAUGUUGAAAGAUUAGAGGUUUUUUUUUUUUUUUUUGCCUUUUUCCCCCUUCCAAUUUUCUUGGCGGCCUGAAAGAGUAGUCGGUGGGCUUGUGUUCUUUGAGGUUGUUCAUUAGGCCAGCUCUAGGCCAAUAUUCUGAGUAAUUAGCCCAAAAAAACGAAAAAAGGGAAAAAACAGAGAGGGAGAUUAUUUUCUUCUUGCUCUGUCUGUCGGAAAUUGUAGGAAGAUUUGGUUUUUUCUUGGUUUCCCUUCUCAAGAGCUCUUUCUACUCGAAUCUGGUUUGAAGAUAGGCAGCGUCACUGGGCUUGAGUCCGUUGCUAGCAGGCUAAAUGAGGGCCUAGCAAAAACAUACCAGUGAGGAGCUAGGUUUUGUUCGCUGGACGGGGAUUUUUGUUGGACCGUACACUAUUCAGAAAACUCUCUGUGAACUGUGCGGAUCAGUGUUCUCAGAAAACAUCAUCCCUGCUGCCGCCGUUCCUUUGGCGCUAAUUUUAGACUUCAAAUUCAAGCCUCAUCACCCAGCUCAUCACCCCCUCUUGGUUCUACAGAUUUCACAAACCCAAAUCACCACCAAACCCUAAUCCAUCAUCCGGGAUCAAAUGGACGAUUGGAAAAUUAAUGAUUAUAGUUGCACAUUAACCAAAGUCAAUGUGGAAGGUAGAAACCCAAGUGAAGGAUAUAGCAAUGGUGUGUUACGAAGGCCAGGUUUGCCGGACAAAAACUGUUCAUUUGUACCAGUUAAAAGUACAGAGUUGCUUCCCAUAUCUUCGAAUAUGGAGCGACUGGUCGGGAGCGACUCUGUUUUGUCAAUUUAUGGCCUCUUGUCACAUAGAACAGAAAACAGAUAUCUUUUUGUGACUGAUAGGAUUGAUUCUUCCUUGGACCAAUCCUUCAAAAAUGAAGGCGACCCGUACAAUGAAAGUGGGUAUUUGAAGCCGUCUUUGGCCGAUAAAGUAAGGGGUUUGUUGGCAAGUUUUGUUGUCUUGUGCAAAAACAACGUCAAACAUUGUGACGGCUGCGACAUCAAAGCUACUCAAAUAUUUGUCGUGAAAGGAAAAGUCAAGCUUUUGUAUGUCACAAUUCAUAGCCCACAUGAGAAUGAGGAACAUUUCAGCAGAUACAGCGGGGAACAGCUCAACAGAUUAUUCUCUCAUCUACUCAAUCCACAGAAUAAAAUCCUUGUGAAAAAGGAAUAUACUCAUUUCUGUGGGUUGGAUAAUUAUUUAAAGGAAAAAGCUGCUCGUCAUCCCUUGUUGUUAAGCCCUUGGGAAAGAUUGGCACUGCCGGCGCAUGUACACUGCAGGCUAUUGUCAGAUGGCAAAUAUUAUCCAAACCUGCUCAAUCGGAAAUGUCGUAUGGCGUCGUGGCAAAAAAAUAUCUCCCCCAACAGUAUUACGGGAGUCAUACUUGCCCAUAGGUCAUAUGGCCAUACGGCUCACGAUUGCUUGGACUUUCUGAGAAAUUUUGUCGAGCAUGUGUUUGAACGUGGUACACUCGACAAGUACUGUGAUGCAAUUGGGGAUAAAAAUGCUACUUUGCCAUCACUCGUUGAAAUGAACCAGCUUCUUGCGUCUCAGAUUGGGGAAGAUUAUCUACUGAAUAUCUUUAAGAAUAUUGAUUCUAGGCACUGGAAGUAGGAUGAAGCUGAGGACGUAUAGCUCGAGACAGAUGACUGCAGCGUUGAUGAUGGAACUUGAAGAGGGGUUGAGAAGAAACAACUUGAAUAGCUUUGAGCUUUCACGAAGUUUGCUCUAUGGUUUAAGGGAAGCUUGAUUUGUCCAAUUAUCACUAGCAUACCCAAAUGAAAACCGCCAAAUGUUUUGCUUAACUGGAAGUUUAUUUGUACAGGGAUCUCCAAUGUUGCUGCAUGUGUUUUUGAGUUUCAUACCGUUUUUAUUAUGGCUGAGGUUAUCAAAAUGGAUAGUUAUAUCUA